GUGCACGUGCUCGUGCGCUUGUGUGUCAAUGUGUGUGUGGUGUUAGUGGUGGUGGUGGCAGGGCUGGGGUUUUGCCGGCUGCAGCGGUCCUCGAGGUGCCUUCUCAUCCCUCCUCCACGAGAACGAACGAAGACAUCUGGGCCGGCGGAACCGGGCUUCUUUUAUCCCUUUCAUACUGUCCCAUCCAACUAUUGCAUUUCUUUUGGUUUCUAACUAAAAAUACGUCCAUCAACAAAUGCUUUCCGCCUCGUCGACAUUGCCGGUGGAAGGAUGCGAAGAGGAGGAGAAGGACGCGCACAUGCAGACGGAGUGCAGCAGACUAACAGAGCAGAGGGACGAGGCCGAGAGACAACUCAAGCACAUCAAGAGGGUGUCUCAGAUGGUGAUCGAGGAGGUGAGCGUUUUGCAGACACAACUGGAGAUUGAGAAGUCAUGUCGAGAGAACGCCGAGGCGCUCGCCACCAAGCUGAACAGCGAGAACAGAAAGUUGAAGUACGUGGGCCUAUCGUCGCGGGCGACGUGCCUGGACGAGCUGCUUCCUGGCAUCUCUGACUGCGUCGCCAUGGAGACCGACAACGCCGAGACGGCCGACGACAAUGAUGAUGCAGUGCCCGACGCCUUUGAGCGCUACCGACAGCAGGUCAAAGAGUUGCGGGAAGCAGUGAGCAGCCUGCUGGAGGAGAAAAAGAACUUCCUAUGCCAGAUUGACGACCAGCGGCGAAGAAUCGAGGAACUCGUCGACAAGUCGGCGCGAGACGAGAGAGAUGCGAAGGAACUUCGCCACACCGUGGAGCGGCACAGCAAAACCAUCGAGAGCUUCAACAGAGUAUCGAUGAUGGCGACGCAGGAGUACGAGGACAUGAAGGAGCAGCUGGAUUUGGAGCAGAGCCUUCGUGUCAAAGCCGAGACAUAUGCACACCAGAUGCUGGUGAAGCAGAAGGAGGCCAAUCGUCAGAGCGCGCUUCUGCUGCAGAGUGCCGAGCCAGCCCUGCAGCUGCUAAGCGCCUUGGAAGAGGUCGCCGUCCUCACCAAGACGCUGGAGGACGAGCGGUUGCAGCAUCAGCGACAGGUGUGUGAGCUGCAGGCCGAACUGGACGACAGCGUCGUGAAGAAGAAUCUCGAGAGCGUGCAGAGACAAGCGGAGCUGCUGGAGGAGGAAAAGAAAGACAUGCAGGGACGACUGGAACAGAUGGAGAAGGACAACCAACAGCUGCAAACGCAACUCCAGUUGCUUCAGAGGGUCGCUAUGACUACCAACACUCCUACACCCCCUCCUCCACCUCCUCCCCCUCCUGCUCCCAUGGCCCCUGGUGUGGCCUCGCCCCCAGUUCCCCUCCCACAGCCUCCGCCCCCGCCCCCUCCUCCGCCUCCUCCCCCUCCUCCGCCUCCCCCGUCCAGAUGCAACCCCCUCAGUUCUCUGAUUGCCAUCAUGAGGAAGACGUCCAAAGGAUCCAAAACGCCUUUGAAGGUGGAGCAGCCGGCAGCAUCUGAUGAUGCAGUGAAGGUGAAGGCCGUCAACGAGAUGAUGGAGCGUAUCAAACAUGGCGUAGUGCUGCGGCCAGUCAAGAGUCAAGACAGCAAGCAGCAGAGAGUUGCCGUCAAACAACCUCCAACCAGCGAGGAGAAAUCUCAGGAGAGUGCCAUGGAUGAACUCAAAGGCAUCCUGGAGACGGUGAAGCGCAGUCCCAGCCGAGGCUCCCAGGAGGCGCCGUCACCAACGGGGAAGAAGGACAGCGAACUGGAGGUUAUCCUGAGAAGACGGCGAAACAAGGCAGGAGAGACCGGAUCUGGAGACGAGCGUGAUGGUCAUCUGAGUCACGUGUCAUCCUGCGACAGUUUGAACGGCAGAUGCGCCAGCAGCGAGUCGGGAAAAGAUAUGGAUGGUUCUGUCACACCGUCUAACCCCACGUUGGCCUCACGGCCGGUUGGGGAGAGGCGAGGAUCUGGUCCUGGACCCGUGGUGGUCAGGAGGAGGAGCUCGGACAAAUCGGGAACCUGGCAAGAAAGACAAUCCGGUAGCUCUGUGUCGGAAAAAGACACGGCCGACGACACUCCUGUCCAAAAUGGCUGCGAGCACAGUAUUAUUGAAGAUGCCACCACAGCAAAGACGUCCAUCCGGUCCAAUGGUGUUGACCAUGGUGAGGGCACGCGCUCUGCCACCUUUGUCGUGGGCGACAUGAAUGACGGUGACACAGAGAGCCACAGCCAGGGAGCGUUCUGAGAAUAUUUGCCUAAUAUGCACGAUUGAAUCACAAACAAUGCACUGACGCUGUUCUAUUUUAUUAUUUUUUUGGGAAGGAGACGUGAGGUUUUGCUCGAGUUCAUACUAGGAGCCUAAAAGGCUGAAAUGCUAACAUGCUAGCGACCAUAGCCUGUUAGGUCACAUGACUGACAUUAUUUGAAACACAGAUGCAAUUGAACACCUAUUAACUCAUAAAACAAACAAUCCAAAGACUGCUGUACAUUUGUUUCCAACAAACACAUGAGGUUUUUUUUUUUUGCUAACAUGCUAACAAUGAUAAUCUGAUUUGUCACAUUUCCAUGGAGAUGCACGCUAACACUACAACAUUAUUUCAUACAACAAACAAUCCACAGAGACUGGCUGUACCUCUUUUUAAAAACAGCAGAACAUGUGAGUUUUUGUUCCAUGCUAACGACCACUUCCUGUUCGGUCACAUGACUGACAUAUUGCACACACUUCAACCCUUACGUUAGCUCAACAAACAAAGCAUUGAGGAUUAACUGCUACUGCUUAUGUUAACGCGACAAUCUGACAUGAUUAAGGAGAUAACAUACAUCACAUCACAACAUAAUGGCACCUCCUGCUGGCCAAUGACAGUAAUGCUAGCUUUAAAUAAAAAAGGGCCUUUCAAAAUAUUUUUGUCACAUUAUUUUAGUGAAACUUUUUGUUGCCUUUCAUAUGUUUUUUUUUGGGUGAGAUGUGUGUUUUCACGUAAUGCAGGCUAACUUUUUUUUUGGGUGGUGCAAAUGAUGCCUUGGUCUCACUUUGUGUCGGUGUGUUGUGUUAAAACCAAUCUCAACAUUUUGAGAUUAUGAAACAAUAAUUAUUGGGGGUCGAUUAUAUGUAUUGUUUUUUUCCAGAACAAAAUUCAGGACGGAUAAGCAAAAGAUGUAAAAGGUGCAUUCCUUACCAUACACUGAUUGACCAUUUUAUUGGGAACGUCUUCGACAGCCUAAUAUUCAUCCAUCCAUUUUCUAUAACCAAAGCCUUGUUUAGUACGCAAGUUAUGCUUUGGUGCCGUCUAUGGGCAUGAACCAAACUUUUAGGGGUGCUGUCAAAUACUAGUAGAAACUUAUUUGAACCCUUUUUCUUCUUUCUACCCCCAAUUUUGCUGCUGUAAACUUCCCCAGUGCGGGACAAAUAAAGGAUAUCUUAACUUUGUCUUGAAACACUAAACCCAGGCCUGAAACCCAAUUUGAAACACGAACUAUUGUUUGAAAGCCAAUUUUUUUGUAUGAAACCCAUUUCAAAACUCGGUGUAUGGUGUACCUAAUGAAGUGUCUAUUAAGCAUCUUUUUUGAGGGACUUGCGUGCAGUUGCUUCUCGGCGACCUCACUUCAGGUGAAAACGUCUUCCGUCUUGCCAAGAUGUCAGCAAUGCCUCACUUUGAUUUUGUUAUGUUUGGAAUAACUUGGCAUCAUCCAGCAAAUGACUUUUGUGGAAAUUAGUUUAUUUGAUUGGUUGGACAUGACGAGAGCCUCUUAUGCAUAGUCGAGGACUCCUACAGGCUUCUCACACACAGCUCCCGCUGCCAUUUUUUUGGAACAUUUACACUUCACUUUGGGUGACUCGAUGUCGUGUGUGUUUGGGAUAUAUACAUAAAUAUAUGGAGUGUUUUUAAAUUUUCAUGUAACCAUCACUUGAAAAGUUGAAAUAAAUUGCAAUGCAAACUACAA